GACUCGACAUUCCCAGACCGCAACCUCAACCGCAACCACCCUCCAAAACCGCAAGGUCACAGCUUCCGAGAUACUUCAAUCUAUUUACCGCCCACUCGCGAUCGUCGUUUCCUGAAUUCCCGCCUGGUGCGACUUCAGGAACUCCUCCCGCCGCCACCUCCUCCCAAUUCCCCAAACAAUAUACACCAUCUCACCAGCCCACCCGUCCCCCUCCUGUCUCGCGUGACAGCGCUCGCUCUUCUACACACCUUACAUUCCAUCGAUCGCUUUUCAGUCCUAUCAAGAUGGCCGAAGUAGCUUCCGUACCCAACGGUCAGCAGCAAGUGCCGCUCGACACCAUUCCCAUCUCACCCGCGGACAAGCCAAGCAAUGGCUCCGAAGAGUCAAAUGCCCCCGCCUCUACGGAGAGCAGCGGCAUCAGGACAGUCUUUGACGACCCGGAGAACUUCAACGUGAAGCAUCCGCUCAUGAACACCUGGACGCUCUGGUUCACCAAGCCGCCGAGCGGCAGGGGCGACAAUUGGAACGAGCUGCUCAAGGAGGUCAUCUCGUUCGACUCAGUGGAGGAGUUUUGGGGUAUCUAUAACAACAUCACACCCACCUCGGAGCUCGCGUUGAAGGCAGACUACCAUCUCUUCAAGAAGGGUGUGCGACCGGAGUGGGAAGAUAUGCAGAACAAGCACGGCGGAAAGUGGGCCUUUCAGUUCAAGGACAAGAAGGCCGUCAACAUCGAUGCGCUCUGGCUUCACGUCAUGCUCGCCGCUAUUGGAGAAAACUUGGAAGAUGAGGAUGACAACGAGGUCAUGGGUGUCGUUGUCAACGUCAGGAAGGGCUUCUACCGCAUUGGUCUCUGGACUCGGACCACGGGCAAGGCUCAGGGCUCCAGGACGGCGGAGCAGGGCAAGGAGACGCUCCUGAAGAUUGGCAGACGGUUCAAGCAGGCACUGCAGUUGAAGGACAACGAAGCCUUGGAGUUCAGCGGCCAUACGGACUCUGCCCACUCUGGCAGCACUCGCGCCAAGGCCAAGUUCGUGGUCUAGAAGGAUAUCGCGGCGAGGCAGAUGAGCAGACGCCUGCUUGCGGGCAGUGCACACACGGCACCCUUGACUGGGACAGACAAAGUGUCCUCCUGGUUACGACGUAUUUCCUUACUUGACAUACCCCGAUCUCAUUUCGUGUCAGCGGCUCGGCCUCACAAGGUCUAAAAAGAAUGGUCUUUCUGGGUGCAAUCACAAUGGGUUCGGCUUAUAGGGUGGCGUCUGCGUGGGGCGGCGAUGGGUUUCGUUACAUGAAUACAGGGCCUCCAGAGGUGCACUCUGGCUUGGUGGAUGCUCCCCAAGGAGGCUACUGUGAUUGUCAUAGACAGCUCUUUUCUAUCCGAUCAGGGUUAUGAAUAGUAGAUUAACGUGGAAGAAGAUGACAGUCCCGU